AUGGCGACAGUUUUGGCAGAGUUGACUGACAACCCUAGGUCCGCAAGAUCUAGAGCAAGCACUGAAAGUACCUUGUUGACGGCACCGACAGCUUCAUUUGGCGACCUUCUACUGGCAUACAGCGUCAUGUCAUCCGCGAACAUCGGCAGCUUGCAGGAAAGAGCAUCAGCUAGACCUCGGAGGGCAACAGAAAACUACUCCACAGAGAUUCAUGCCAGAAACGGCCAAGGACCGCCCGUUGCGGACAGUAACAACAGGAGGAGGGUCGAGCAGUAUCAUGAGUCAUUGAGUGAAGCGGAUCUGGAGGAACAACUCCGGUCACGGGACGAGCAGCUAGCAAAUGGGAGACAAGUGAUCUGUACAGAAACGGAGGAUGAGACGGAUGAUCAGUGGAUGGAGGGGGAAUUGGAUGAUGAAGCGGUUGGUGAAGAGACAGAGGACGAGGCAGAUGAUGGUAGUGAGGAUGAUCGUGAGGAUGACGAGUGGAACGAGGAAGAGGACGAUGAGAUGGACGAGGAGGAGUCGGAUGGGAGAGAGCGAGAUGAGGCGGAUGAAUGUGUUGAUCGUAAGAAGUCGGCUGUGUAUCUACACUAA